AUGAAAAGGCGUGAGGUGCGCCGUAAGCGUGAGCGUGAGAAUUUGCCACCUGCGCUUAAUGCAUUACUAGAGUUAGUACCUCGGAACACCGACCCACGCAAAUAUUUAGAGCAAAACUUCUGCCCCUCUCGCGAUCCAAACGAUAGUACUGCGGUGGAUGAGGGUACUUUUAUUGAGGGUGAUGGUCUAGAGCGACUCCUUGUUGCCCUUAAGGAGGGCUGCCCGGAUGGUGCGAGGGACCUUCUUCAUGUGACGCGACGCGUCCCACGCAGCCAGUCGACGAUCAGCAAAAUAUUUGUUGCUGAGCUGUGUUUUGCCUUAUCUCAGGUAAGUGGUCCUCUCACUACCCGUGAGCGACGCUGCAAUGCCGAGGCCGAGGGGGAUUGGUUGACCGAAGACACUCCCUUACUGCAAUACUUUAAAGGGAAACGCUUUGAUGCUAUUAUACGAGGCUGUAACUCCUCUACAUCCUUGAAUCGAGGGAGCUCUUCCCCAGAAGCCAUACAGGAGAUAGAGCCGGCACAGUCAUUGAGAGUCGAUAGGGGCCUGGAUAUAUCUUCUGAAGGUGGGGGUGCAGAGGAUACUAAAACGUCUUAUACCUCUUCACUGGAAUGGGAAAAGUACUUGGCCUCUAUUCGAACUCCACUUCCCAUGUCCUUGCGCGUGCAUCAAAGUGAAAAAGUUUUGCGAUGGAUUGCACUGAACUUCCUCAUGCAUAGCGAUUCGGAACUGACAACCAUAGUUGCUCCCACAAAAGUGCUACCUGAAUCAAUUGCCAUGUUUUCAAGCAGCAACUAUGAUUACCACACUCAUCCGUACACCGAAUUCGUUUGUCGAACCCUACACGCUGCUGGUGCUGUAUCAUUCCAGGAGGUUGUUUCCGCUAUACCAGUCUUGGUUCUCGGCGUCCAGCCACAUCACAGUGUUCUGGAACUGUGCGCAGCCCCAGGAAGUAAGACUCUACAGGCGCUAGAUGAAACCCUAAAAAGAGGUUGGACAGUCAACAUCGAGAAGAGCGUGGUUAUCGCUAACGAAAAAGAUCGCGUUAAGGCUACUCAAAUUCUACCUGCUAGAUUGAAACGUUAUCAUGCACCAAACGUUUUAUGCACGCGGUGUGAUGCUACACAAUGGCCGAGGUUAUACUACUACGAGAAGAAUGUCUCAGAGAUUAGCCCAGAUGGUAAUACAGGAACAUCAAUCCUCGUUGAAAAGCAAUUCGAUCGUAUCAUUUGCGAUGUUCCAUGUAGUGGGGACGGCACACUGCGAAAGGAACGCUCGGUUGCCUCUACAUGGUCGCCGGAUUAUGUCAAGUCACUUGUUCCCACACAAAAAGCUCUGCUUCGACGUGGUUUGGACUUGCUCAGAAUCUCUGGCAUUCUUGUUUAUAGUACAUGUAGUAUUAAUCCAAAGGAGGAUGAGGAGGUAGUCUGUUCUGCUUUGGAGCUUUUUGGGGAUACAGUGGAAAUGAUAGAUGUGAAUGAUGCAUUGCAGCAGCAAGGUGCACAUCUACUCUCUCGUGGAGGCUUGCAUUCGGUAGAUUUAGCAAGCUUGAUGGAGACCGAGGUGCCUUCGGCAUAUAACGGCGCUAAAGUGUUGCGUGUAUUGCCGCAUCGAGAUGACACAGGCGGUUUCUUCGUGGCGGCUUUUCGUAAAGUCAAACAGCAGGACCGGGCAGGAGUUCAAAUUGCGCCACGGAAGUUGAAUCAGUGGACACGAGGCAAACUUUGGGCUCCAGUCUCUAAAGAUGACCCGAUUUGGGUUAGCAUUUCUGAAUUUUACUCUUUUAAAAGGGAUUUCUUUAAUUAUCAUGAUGAUGAUAGUACUGGGAAUAGAGAUAUUACUAAUACAAAUAAUGACACGAUGGAGUUGGCAAAUGAGGGAAAGGCACGCCUGGUUCCUGUUUAUCAUCUCAACCCUCACGGCGAACAAACACGUCGCAUUGUACUCAUAACGCCUGCCCUCGCUGAGAUGGUAUUUAAUACAAGACCUUUCAAAGGACCAGGCGUCGAGGUGGUUUCUGUCGGUGUCCGGGCUUUCGAGGCCUACGAUGUGAGAUUCUUACCCAAUGCUGAGUGCCGUUGGCGUGCCGUGCUAGAGUCAGCCUCCUACUUGGCCCCACUUUUUUCAUCUCGUAAGCUUUUAUUUACUGUGAGUACCCAUCGAUCUCUACUUGAAGAGCUUUUCAGGAAUGGAUUUGUAUACGUUAGAGAUUAUUGGUGGACCUUACUAGGUGAUGAAAAUGUGAAUGCCUCCAGCGUAUCUGACGGUAGUAUUUUCCCUUUGGUAAGGACAGGACCCCUUGAAGAGCUCCUCCGUAUCGCCAAAUCGCAUCCUGCGGGUGGGUUAGACUUAAUGACUUGUAGAGUAAAAGAUCUACUAGCUACUGAGGUCCGUGUGGGUGGGGUUCUAGUUGGUAUUCUUCGUAGUCAACAAGAAUCUCUUCAGCAACCGGAACCGAGUUUCUUGAGUGCGACGCUUUCUGGAGGCAAAUUGGAGCUCGCGGUGGAUAAUUCGCUGCGGGCUUUUUGCUUGAUGGCUUUCCUGAAUAAUUUUGACGGCUUAAACUCACAAGUAGACUCUGGAAGUGUAGCGAACACGUAA